CGGAGCGCGGUCUGUUUACCACAGCCGCCGCGGCGACGUCGCGUGAAGAGCCCGUUCUGUGGGGGUCUCUGAGGUGCCCGUGGUUUUGAAAGAUUCUGUUGUGUGAGAGGAGCAAAAGUCGGUGACACAAGCCACUUAGUCCCGAAAACAAAAAAAACCUUGUCCAGGGUGGAGAGGUGAAUGAAAAACUGCACAAGGAUCAGUGAAUGACAGCGAGAAAUCAAGAUUGAAUUUCCAACAUGGAAAGUCCCUCAGACUCAGCUGUGAUGUGGCCCAGCACUCCUCAGGCCUGCCGGAGUCCACUGUCUCCCUAUACAAAUAGUUCAGGAAAACAACCUAUGAGUGCAACACUUAGAGAAAGAUUAAAGAAAACAAGAUCUUCAUUUAAGUCUUUUUGUAGUGUGGUAAAACGUCUUAAAGUAGAGAAUGAAGAAAAUGAUCAGAGCUUCUUAGAAAAAACAGCAUCUUCAGAAGAAAACUGUUUGGAAUUUCAAGAAAAAAUUAAACACAUACACACUGAAUCUGAAGAAAAUGAUACAUUUUUGAAAAAUAGCUGUAAGACUAUAAAUGCAUGUGAUUCUAAGUCAUUUGAUACCGGGUCACAUAGUGCACACCAAAAUGAUGAUGUGAGUAAGAAUUCUAAACACGAAUUAAACGAACAUAAGACAAAGUUGUUGAAGCAAGUCCAAGAGAAAGAGGACCUCCUUCGUAGGCUAAAGCUAGUCAAAAUGUAUAGAUCAAAGAAUGACCUAUCCCAGUUACAGGUAUUAAUAGAGAAAUGGAGGAACUGUAGCCAGCUGGUGCUGUGCGAUUUGCAGUCUGCUAUGUCUGAAGAGAACAAGAAACUAAGCCUCACUCAGUUGAUAGACUACUAUGGGUUAGAUGAUAAACUGUUACACUAUAACAGAAGUGAAGAAGAAUUUAUAGAUAUUUAAUCAUUUUUUUCCCCUUUCAUACUAUGAUUUUUUUUUUUUUUUCUCUUCCUUCCACUGCUGAGAUAGUCUCAGCUCCUUUCCAGAAUAUCUUUGGGAAAGACAAUAUGAAAAGACGCACUUUUUCCUUUCUUAAUUCUGGGAAGAAAUCUGAAGAUUACAUUGAAAUAGAGCCAGAUGUUCAGUUACGACUUUUCACAUAGGUGAACGUUCAUAUUAUCCUAAAAUUAACACAAAAGUAAAAGCUGAAUGAUUUCCAAGAAUAUCAAAUUCAAAGCAUGCCCGAGUUCAUGUUUGUGAACAUUUUGUCAGUGGGCAAGGGAAAUGUUCCUUUCAUGUUCUUUUCAAUUUUAAAAUGACUAUAGUUUUGUAUUAGAGGAAAGUACUUUAGAUAUGUGUUUUAAGUUAUUAAAUAUGGUACCUAGAAAUGCAUCUUUUCCUUAUUUAAGCCAGUGCAAAAGAUUCCUUUUUGUUUAUAUCAACACAGUUGAUCUGUUUAAGGUUAACCUUUUAAAAUCUGAAAUCACUUUCUUCUACCUUUCAUAGUACAAAAAGUUUCAUUUCAAGGGCUUAUGACAUUGUUGGCCUUUUCUAUUGUAAGGAACUUAAAAAAAUGAAUAGGUAACAUAGUAGUGAAGAGAUAGCUAAUAUGAUUUCAGUGAAGAAAUGUGGGCAUAGAGCAAAGAAUUUGAAAAUGUAUUACCUAAAUGUGGCAUUGAAUAUCUUGACUUUUUAAUUUGUAGCAUGUGGUGUUUAAUUGUUUAGUAAUGAAUUCUUUUUCUUAGUUCCAUAUAGUAAAUAUCAAUGAAUGUAAUUUUUUUUGAGCCGAAUGAUAUGCCCAAGACCAACCAAUAGUUCAAGGCUUAAUUACCCACUUACAAUACCCUGAAGUCUUUAAAGGCAAUUUGAACAAUUCUAGAAACCAGGCUUAAUACUUUUUUUCAUUUUGUGGCAGGUUUUAGUUUCAAUAUUAAGUCUGUGAAGUAACUGUCUGUCCUAAAUUUAUGAACCUUGUUUUCAUCUGCUUUUCACAUCUUUCCAUAUGCUGAUCUAGCAGGCCAUUAAAUUCUUAUGUCCACAAUUGUA